GCUUCCCGCCCGCAGCUCGCACAGACCCUUGCCUUCCGCAUCGCCUGCUGGCUGCGAGACCUUUCCCACAGGUAUUGGCCCCCUUUUUCGCAAGGGUUGCCCCGACACAGCGCCAGCUCCAGACAGCCCCUCAGACGCCCGAGAAAAAAUUACCCCACCAUCCUCACCCAUCCAUCCCACCUUGGGCACUGCGCGACGGAGCGGGCUGUGUGGGCGUCCUUUUCCACUCUUCAAUUUGAUGAUCUGAGUCGGCGCCUAGUAGGGGUCGACACGAGUCGGGCGGGUACCUCAGACUCCUUAGCCAAACGCCCUGCAGCACAACUGUGCCGGAACCGACCACCUGGAUUCCGUCCCCAGCUAUUUUAGCCCGCUGGCGACCGUUCUCUUCCCUCUCCCUCGUUUUGAUCGACACAUUCACGGCCCGCCACAGAGCGCGUUAUUCAUUGCAGAUCACCGGCUGCUUUGUGCAGACAACUCUCCCGAAACCCAGGAAUCGGGCAAACAGACGCCAGUCCGUCUGUGCAACCACGUUCUAGCUGGAUAAAGCUUCUGCAGCUUGUCCAGUACUGUGUCAUCUGGCAUUUUAGCUCGACGACUGCCCAACACUGCUCCAGUCAUAAAAUAGCGAUUCUCUUCUCCUCGCGGCCUAGCCUGCUGCCCCUCCGUUCCCUCCCGCCACAACUCCUGGAAAACCCCCUGGCAAGCCACAAUCGGCGUGCCACCUCCGAGAUACCCAGACCGGUCUUGAGUCUCUGCGACGAAAUAGGGUCUGCAUCAGUUGGUGGAACCGCGGCCGUUCGAUAAGGGGCGGGAAAGUGAUUUCCAAGCGUCAUAAGGAAGCCCAGAGCUACGAUCCCGAUCCCGACACCGAAAUUGAGCAUCCCGAAAGCUCCGGCAACGGUGAACACGGAAAAUAUUUGUGACGUGCCACAUCACCGAGCCCAACAUGGCCGACCCUUUUGCGCCGCGCUCCAUGAAGCGCAGGAACGUCAAGGGGCUCGCCCUGACGCCUGCCGCGCCGAAACCUCCGCCGACACUCGAAGCCCCAUCCCACAAAGACUCAGAGCACGCACAGCUGGAAAUCGGAAUCGAGUUCAACCUGGACCUGCGUCCUGAGGACCUCGAAGUCAUCAAAGACCUUGGUUCCGGCAAUGGAGGCACCGUCAGCAAGGUCCUGCACAAGCCGACAAACACAAUCAUGGCCCGCAAGGUCAUUCACGUGGAAGCGAAACGAGAGAUGCGCAAGCGCAUAGUCCGAGAGCUACAGAUCAUGCACAGCUGCAAUUCCGAGUACAUCGUCACAUUCUACGGCGCCUUCCUGAACGAGAAUAACGACGUCAUCAUGUGCAUGGAAUACGCGGAUGUUGGAUCUCUCGAUCGUGUGUCGAGGGUAUUUGGCCCUAUUCGGGUGGAUGUCCUGGGCAAGAUCGCUGAGGCAACCCUGGGCGGCCUGACUUACCUGUACUCCAAGCACCACAUCAUGCACCGCGACAUCAAGCCGUCGAACAUCCUCGUAAACUCCAGAGGAUCAAUCAAGCUUUGCGACUUUGGAGUGUCCGGCGAGCUUGUCAACUCGAUUGCCGACACUUUUGUCGGGACAUCAACUUACAUGGCACCUGAGCGGAUUCAGGGAGAGAAGUAUACGGUCAAGUCGGACGUGUGGAGUUUUGGUCUUACCAUCAUGGAGUUGGCCAUCGGCAAGUUCCCGUUUGCGGCUAGUGAGCAGCUUUCCGAUGCCGAGUCCGCACCUGCCGGUAUUCUCGACCUGCUGCAACAGAUUGUGCACGAGCCGGCCCCGAGUCUCCCCAAGAGCGACGCGUUCCCACAGAUUCUCGAGGACAUGAUUCAGAAGUGUCUUUUCAAGAGCCCGGACGAGAGGCCAACGCCUCAAGAGCUCUUUGACCGAGACCCGUUCGUGCAGGCUGCCAAGAGGACUCCUGUCGACCUGCGCGAUUGGGCCUUUGGGCUGAUGGAGCGCGACAACCGCAAGUCGCACCUCGCCCCGCAGCUGUCGCCUGCGACGCAGGACAUGCUGCGGACGAGUGAUGAAGAUGGUACAUUAGAGACCCCAACAUCAGCAUUUCGAGCCGAUCCCCGACAACGCGGAGCGGAGGGUUCGGCGGGCUUGGCAGAGCAGGUGGACCGACUGUACAUCCAAGACUGGGACCACGAGUAGCCUCGACAAGCUCGGUGCCCACGGUCUCGGGUGGCUACCAUGACACCCCGACUGGUCAUCCCGCCGGCCCCUACCCCGCUGCCCCGGGGAGCGCGAGCAGAGCGACGUUUGGCCUUCCGAUACGACCGGCUCCCAGAGAUCCUGGGCCGCCGCCGCCGCCCCCGAAAGAGACGGCCGACGAGCAACGAAGAGAAAGCCGACGGCAAGCGGCCAUGGGCCCGCCUCCGGCAUCGAGCCAAAACUACGGAUUGGGUUAUCCGACUAGGUGAACGGUCGGGAAUAAGUGGUUCAUUUGUCUCACAUAUACUUGCCCGGUUUUUGUUGCCUCGCCUCGUUUGCUUAGGAACAAACAGAGCUUCCUAAAAGGCACAGCAUAUUUUCUUUUGCUGGCCGUGGUCUCAAAUCUAAAGCAUUGGUGCAAUCUGGAUUCCACUUCAUUUUAUUUCUUUUCGUCGAGCAGGUACACGGCGAAAUUUCAAGAUCACCUCGUCUCAUGGUUAUUUUUCUCCGUGCCCUCACUCUCAGAAGGCUCUAUAUCGAUAUCCCAUUCCAAAGUCAUAUUGUCACUUGUCAUACAACGGAUUAACGCACAGAUGUCUCUAAAAACCAACAAGAUCUUGCCGAUCACUUACAAGCAUCCCCAACAGUUAGGCUUGCUUGAAAGAGGUCCCCACAACUACCUAGGUAGGUGAGAUAUAUACCUGCUGUCUAGACGCUAGGUGUAGGG